AUGAAUGAUGAUCGUAAAGGCCAUAUGCUGAGCGAGAUUACCCUCACUCAGAUACGGGAAAGAUGCAAUGUGUCUAGGAAGUACAAUUUCAGUACAGAUGGUAAAGCCUCCAUUGCAGACUCGACUACUCUCGAUUACUAUGUUUCCUUGACUCCCAGUAAUCGGUCCCAGUUGUCAGAAGGAAGCAGUUCGCAACCACCUUCCAAUGUCGCCCUUAACGACAAACAAACCGUCAUCAACUCCGCCGUUGCUGUCAUUCCGAUUAUUACUGUCAAAUUAAUCAAAGACAAGGCAAUCGCCCGCCCUGCCAAGCCGGAUUUUGACAAAGCCUUCAAGGCCGUCGAGGACUCGCUCAGUGGGGUCAAAGGGCUUGAGUCUCAACAAGUGCAGCAACUAUCGAAGUCUAUCGGAAAGCGUCUGGCUGACCAAGUUCAAUUUACAACUGAUAAGCCGAACACAGACGUCUUUUCCCCUGCUUCCUUAACAGAAACCGACUGGCAAGAGAUUCUAUUCAACAACAAGGCCCUGCAUGGCUGGAUUCACAAAAAGCAGAAAAACGCCGCUGGCAGUGUAACAUCAUUCAUUCUAGAAAAAGCCCCUAAAAGAGCAUUCGAAAUUUGCAGUUCAGUCCCUGGAACUCUGAAUAAGACUUCAGAAAACUCUUGGAGUCCUUAUUACGGUGCUCCAGGGAUUCCGCUAUUUGCUAUUGACGAUGACUCGGGCGUGACAGUGACUGAAAUCGGCGAUGCAUUUCAGCAUCGACUGGCCAACGAGGGCUUCACAGCUAACACCGUUGGGGCUUCAAAUGACUUUGGCACGGCUGCGUCUAUUAAGGCUUCCUACGAAAAAGAGCGCAGCACUGCUACUACAACCCAAGAUUCAUCUCAAGCCGAUGAAUUGCAUGUAUCAUAUAACUUCCCACGGGUUACUGUCACCUUCGAACCAGAAACCAUACAGCUUUCUAGCGAAUGCAGGCAUGAUGCGCUGAAUAUUUCCAACAAACAAGAAAAAGAAGACUUUUUCGACAAAUAUGGACAUGCUUUUGCGAGUGAGAUCAGCCUUGGUGGACGCCUGCAACAUACACGAAAGACCGCUCAAUCGGAAAAGGUCCAGAUCGAGGUGAUAAAAGAGAGGAUGCAAGUAGUUGCUGGUGCCAGCUUCACUGCACCCUAUGUAGGGGCCUCGGCAGUAUAUGGGCAUUCCGAAGGCACCCAAAGUACAGAUGAAGUGAGCAAGCUCAACCGAAGCUUAGCCAUGUCCUGGACUGCGAGAGGCGGCGAUACUACGCUUUGCUCAAAUCCGCCACUCUGGGCUUCCACAGUCAAGAAUUUCAAAUACUGGAGAUUACUGAACCAAUGCUUAACGGUCAAUAUGGAGAGCUUUAUGAAAUCCAUAGAUUCGGAUGUCGCGACUAAUCUGAGGGACCUAAACAAAGACACGAAAAAUGACCCUAAAAAGCAAUUGCAGGAGAUAGGACAUGCCUGA